AUGGAGUGUGAGAUGGAUUUCAUCGUCAGCAUGUGCAACUGCAAGGACUUUACAAACCCAAGUGGCGAUUUUGCAUAUUGCACACCCCAACAGUUCCUGGAAUGUUAUAUCCCGGCUAAAGCUAAAUAUCUGCAGACAGAUAUUGGCUGUGAAGCUGGAUGUCCUGAAGCAUGCAGAUACACCACGUUCACCACCCAACACUCCAGCUCUCCACUGACCAGGAACUACAUCACUGCGUACACCAAGGCCAAGGGUAAGACUGAAGAGUAUUGGAGGAGGAAUCUCGCUAUUCUGGAGAUGUAUCUGAGCUCUAUGACCUACGAACACAUUGAGAAACAGGUGGGGUAUGAGAUCUUGGACCUGUUUUGUGACAUCGGCGGAGCACUGGGUCUGUUGCUUGGUGCCAGCCUGCUGACAGUGUUAGAAGUGUUUGACGUCUUAUGUGUCACUGUCUUCUCGGCGGUAUUUGAAAAGAACAAAGUUCAUACGAUUGACAGAGUAGACAACUCUUGA